CGCUGGAGGCUCACCACGCGCACUGCCCAUGCGCGGAGGGGGCGUUGCGCGUGUCUGGGGUGCGUCAUCGCGGUGCGUCAGCAUUACGUAAUCCUGUUGUGACGUCGCCAGGCUUGCUGGUUCUCGUUGUUCUUCCCUGUCGCUCCGCAGCCUGCGCCGGGCUGUGGCGGGGGGCGGCUCGCUGCGGGGUCGGCGCGGCGCGGCGCGGAGCGGGGUGCGGAGGAGCGGCCGCAGGGUUUAUGGCGGCGGCUCUGUCCGCCCUGGCUGCCAGGCUGUCGCAGUCGGCCGCCGCCAGGUCCUACGGCGUGUUCUGCAAGGGGCUGACACGGACCCUGCUCAUCUUCUUCGACCUGGCCUGGAAGCUCCGCAUCAACUUCCCCUACCUCUACAUCGUGGCCUCCAUGAUGCUCAACGUGCGGCUGCAGGUUCAUAUUGAGAUACACUGACUUGUGACUUGGUGUGCAGCUUAUGCUUCAAGGAUAGUUAAUCAAAUCUUGUAUUCCUGUUUCAUAAAAUGCAACGUUUUUGAAGGACAGAGGAGCAGUGCAUAUCUCCUAUAUGAAUAUGGAGGAGGAAGAAGAUUUAGACAACAGCCAGUUAUGCAAAGCUGGUUCAAAUCAGCAAAAGGAGUUUUUUCAUUUUCCAGACAUACACUCCUUGAAUAACUCUCAAGCUGCUCCUUUUAAGAUUAGGCAUUGUUCUCUAUUUAUACUUUUGCUUCAUAUUGGCAAGAAAAUGCCUCAUUUGAGCAAAUUGACUAGGAUGAGUUCAAGUAAAACUGCCUCUUCUGGUCUUUUUAUUUCACCUCUAAGAGAGCAAUUUGAUAAAUGUUUUAAUAGUGCUUUGAUAUCAAAUUGGC